CGUGCCAGGGCCAGACGUAUUACCACAACAGCGACCACGUUUUUUACAUGUUCCUAAAUUAACUUCUUCUUGCAUGUCUUGUACUUGAACACUUAAAUUUUGUUCAAAGACAAACUACACCAAAGACUUUUAUGUCACAUUUGGUUCUAUCUGAAGACUUGGAAAGGUGGGCAAUCGAGCAAUUUACAUAAUGGACGGAUUUUCAAGAGUUGGAGACACAGAAUUACGGAACAGAAGCCAGCAAAGUCAAAGUGCUGAUCGCAGCUGUGUGGAGGAACAGGCACAGAGAACCAGAAACCCUUCUGACUUAAGGAUCCUCCUUCUGGGGAAGACUGGUGUUGGAAAAAGUUCAACGGGAAACAUUAUACUGGGAGAGAAGAAAUUCAUUUGUAAGCAAAGUCUAAUCUCUGUUACAAACUGUUGUAGUGUUCAGGAGUCAGAGAUUGAUGGCAGAACUGUAUCUGUCAUUGACACUCCGGGGUUUUUUGACACAAAGAUUUCAGAAGUGGAGCUCGCACGGAGUGUGUUUCUGUCUUCAUCAGGAGUUCAUGCGUUCUUGUUUGUUCUUCCUGUAAAUAGAUUCACAAAGCAGGAGUCAGAGGUAUUGACACAAAUUACACACAUUUUUGAUGAAGGUGUGCUGAAGUAUCUAAUAAUACUGUUUACAAGUGGGGAUGAUAUUGAACAGGAGACGUUUGACUCAGAAAUAAAUGAAGUUAAAGACUUAAAAGCAAUUGUAGAUAGCUGUAGGGGGUAUCACAUCUUCAACAUCAAUGAUCUGAAAAACAGAGAUCAGGUCAGUGGUCUACUGCAGAAGAUUGACACAACGAUAGAGCAGAAUGGAGGAGCGCAUUACACAUGUGAGAUGUUUGAGGAGGCACGGAAAUUUAAACAAGAGGAACCAUUUGAGGGAGAGGGGGGAGAAAGAAACUCGUUUAAGAAGUACUGGCAAAGAUUCAAAGAUUUUUUCAGAAGACUUGCACAGAGAAUAAGACCAAGACGGUACAAUCGUUUGUAGUUAUUUCCUGAGAAUUCUUUAUUUUUACAGUACACUCUUAAACAAAUGGUGCUAUAUAGCACUAAUAGUGGUUCUUUGCUCGUAAUUUUAGGGAACCACUUUUAGUUCUAUACAGCACCAUAUCUUGGUUCUUCAGAGGUUCUUUGGGGUGACCGACUGAAAAGCGCUAUAUAUAAAUAAAAUUGAAUUAUAGUGGUGCCUGGAGAAGUGGGUAUUCUGUUCAUGUAUGCUCCCAUUUUUAAAGCGGUCCAGCAAGGUAUGAAUGCCUCGGUGUUCUAAUGUAGCCAGGUUUCCACCCUGCUUUUCUGCACAUUUGAAGUUUUGUAUCAGAAAUGAGUGAUGGCCACAGAAGAGGUGCAGAUUCUGCAAUCAAUCCUGGCCUACAGGCUAUAUGAAGAGACAACCAGGGCAGUAUGCAGGAAUUUAGAAAUACCAAUAUCCCAAACAAAUUUGACUUCCUUGACCUAUAUAGAUUGCAAUUUAGAUAACAAUAGCUAACGUCCAACCAUGUCUGUCGUUUUUUAUGAUUAUCAGCAUCAGUAAAAAAGUAAACUCAUGGUCAAUAUUUGAAUACAAAUAUUAUACAAUCUAUGUUUCGCGCAAUAUUCCCGUGCAUACCCUGCACUACACUAGUGGGGAUAUGCAAUGCCGACUGAUAAAGAAGUGAGUAUACGCCGUAUACCUUCGACUACACCGCUGGCUAUAUAGCAUCGUAUGGUUCUUCAGCGGUUCUAUAUCGCACCUCAGUCAUCCCAAAGAACCACUGAAGCACCAAAAUAUGGUUCUAUAUAGCACUACGAGCAAAGGACCACAUUUAGUAGCACUAUUUUUUAGAGUGUAUGUCUUUGGUCCAACACAAUGUUUUUGAGUCAUUCUACAGAAACGUUCACUUUUGGGUUUUAUGUUUUUGAUAAAUUAGUUAUUAUUUAAACGUGGGUUAGUUCGGCCCUUUAUGGAUCCGCAUAUUUGACAGCUCAACAGGUGAAGAAACAAUGACAAAGUCAAGUUAUAUUUAUGAAUGCAAUAUAUAUUUAAAUGCAUGACACUGUCGGAGAAAAUGGCCAAAAAUGAUCUCAAGAGGUCAUUUGGAUGGUACCCUUUAAAAAGUCUUAAUUUAAGUGCAAUUAUGUACUUUUUGGAAGGGUCCUCCACCAGUGACAGCUACAAACUAUUUUCCCCUUUUUUUCUGUCAGUGCAUGAGGUCGUAUAGCAUAGACUAGAAUGUCAUACAGCAACCCAAGUUGCUUGUAAUGCUUUUUAUUAUAAUGAAAGUGUGAGUAAAAUGUAAUCUCAAAUUGGUCCCUGAACCUCCAAACAUGUCCUUGGGAACAAUCACUUUUUAUGGUAGUUUGUGGCGAGCGGCCGAAAUGAGUAACACACCUGCAGAUAAUGACUCGUACUGCCCAAUGCACUUGACGCGAAUAAGUUAACAGCCUACAGAAGUAAACAGCCGUUCAACGUGCCUGCAGUACUCCUCAGCCACACUGUAAAUUAGACGAAUUUUACCCUGUUUAACAUAAAAUCUUUGCAGUGUAACUGCCACCAGUAGCUCUUACCUCCUGAACGUGCAGCCUGCCACACCGGACAUCACGACGCUUCCGAGGCCCUGUAUGACACAUCUAGUUAGAUGCCGGUUGUCUCCUUUUAUACCCAUGGACCAUACCAUUUCCUCAACAAUAGCUAGACUGGUUGAUCGCAUCAAAACAUAUAUUAUGUCAUAUGUCUCUGUUUUUCUGCUCUUUCUCCAUAUAUGGUUCAAGUUGUCAUUCACUCUUGAUAUUUUAUCAUCAGUAGGGUUUGGCUGAAUGAGGCUUUGUUUAGUCAGUACAUCAUUUCUUUAUUGUAUCUGUGUUUGUGACAUUCCACACCUACUUUGUGUUGGUGUACAUCACUAAAUGUGUCAUGCAAUCAACUAAAAAUCAAGUGAAGAAUCUUGGUGUGAUUCUGGAGUCCGACCCUAGUUUCAGUAGUCAUGUUAGAACUGUAACAAAAUCAGCAUACUACCAUCUCAAAAACAUUGCAAGAAUGAGAUGUUUUGUUUCCAGUCAAGACUUGGAGAAACUUGUUCAAGCCUUCAUUACCAGCAGGGUGGAUUACUGCAGUGGUCUUCUCACCGGCUUCCCAAGAAAACCUUAGACAGAACCAGAAAAUCUGAGCAUAUUACACCAGUCCUUCGAUCCCUACACUGGCUUCCAGUCACUUUUAGGAUUGAUUUUAAAGUACUGUUACUCUUUUAUAAAUCACUAAAUGGCCUUGGACUGACAUCGCAGAUAUGCUCACAAAACAUAAACAGACCACUUAGAUCAUUAGGAUCAAGUCAGUUAGAUAUACCAAGGGUUCACUCUAAACAAGGGGAAUCCGCUUUUAGCUUUUAUGAUACCCGUAGCUGGAAUCAGAUGUGCUAAAAAAAUGAUCAAAACUCAUCUUUUUAGCUGUGCAUUUACUGAAUGAGCACUGUACUUUGUCCGAACUGACUGCAUUAUAUUUCAUGUAUAAUCAGUUUAUUCUAAACUGUUUGAAUUAACUUUAAAUCAUUUUUUUAAAUUGUAAAGUUGUUUAAAUUCCUUGUUUUAUUGUUGUGAUUAUUUUAGAUUAUUAUUUUAAUUAUUUUCACGAAAAUCACUUUGAAUUACCAUUGUGUAUGAAAUGUGCUAUACUUGCCUUGCUUUGCCUUACC